AUUCUUUCUUUUUUGAGUUUGCAAACAGGGCGCAAGUGAAACUAAGAGGACAUAGAGGUAAAAAACAGGAACUGAAAGAUUUGUGACUGUUUUAAAAGGUACAGAACAUAUCUAUCUGCUUGUCCGUCGACUUUCUGCUGUUGAAUCAGAUGGAUAUUUCUGAAACAAGAUGCUUAGAGCUACAAUUCAGCAAGCAACUGGCUGGUCGAGUUUUGACUGGGCUGGAAAUAAAAGGAGAAGGGCAUACUGCUUUAGAAGUUGCUUUGGUUAAUCCUCUUACUAAUCAGGUUGUUAAUUCUGGGCCACUAGCCUCUACAGAGAUCGAAAUUGUUGCUCUUAAUGGAGAUUUUGGGGAUGUCCAAGGAGGUAAUUGGACAUCUGAGCAGUUCAAUGAAAAUAUUGUUACCGAAAGGGAAGACAUACCUGUCGAAAAUGAGGAAUUCCCCAAGACGAAAAGGAAAAGGCCCCUUCUUGGAGGAAAGACGCUCUUAAAUCUGAACAAAGGCAAGUGUUAUGUGAAAAAUAUCAAGUUCAAGCAUUCCAGUCUUUGGAUGAAGCUCAGCAAGUUCAGGCUGGGGGCAAGAAUCCCCAGUACUCACAGUGGAAUACAAGUAAAAGAAGCACUAUCAGAUCAAUUCACAGUUGAGGAUCGUCGAAACGAUCUUCGAAACAAAUCAUCCGGGAAGCACUACCCUCCAUCUAUUGAUGAUGAAGUAUGGCGGUUAAAAAACAUUGGAAGAAAUGGACCAUUUCACAAGCGUUUAAGCAAUGCAAAUGUCAAUUCUGUCAAGGAUUUCCUGAUUCUACUUCAUCGUGACCCUACAACACUCAGGAAUAUCCUCGGGAAAACUAUGCCAACUAAGAAGUGGGAUGCCACAGUUAGUCAUGCCCAGACGUGUGAACUUGACAAGAAACUGUAUUUGUAUCAUUCUUCUGAAUCUCAGCAGAAGAAAGCUGUGGUUUUCAAUGUUGUAGGACAAGUGAUAUGGUUUUUCUUCAAUAAUCAGCAUUUUUCCGAUGAAAAUCUAUCUGCAUCCGAUAAGGCCCAUGCACUUGAUCUGGUAGAAACAGGUUUUCAAAAUUGGAAGAAAGUUAAGAGUUUUGAUGAUGAAGCAUCUUUGAUAUAUGCCCUUUCCUGCUUCUUUGCUAUUGAUUACUCCCCAAAUCCUCUUGUGGUGGCUGAUUUUGAUGGUAACAACAGUCCAAUUGCAAAUGCAUAUGGCAAUGGUGAUAAUCCUGAUUUAAGUUUCAAUGUAGAUUACACCUCAAAUCCACUUGUGGCAGCUAAUUCUUAUGGUUACAAUACUUUAACGCCCAAUCCAUAUGGCAAUGGAGAUUAUCCUGAAUUAAGUUCCUUUGAUGAUUAUUUUAGUGGAAUUGACCAAGUUUUGAGCAAUUGUGAAUCUUUCAUUCCUCAAAUUUCAGUUGAGGAUAAGUAUCCACAGAAUUAUAAUCCAUCCAACCAUCUUCAGACUGAGCAACAGAAUGCUGUUAGUGUUGUCCUGGAAGAUCCUGUUCUCUCUGAUAGAGGACAUAGAAGAUGGAAAAUGCUAUUCAGUGCAAUGAGAUGGAUUUCCUUAAAAAGGAUUUCUGCAAUUAAGUCCUGUUUUGCAAACAAAAGGCAGAUAAUCCAGUAAUGGAUAUUUUGCUGGAGAUUGUGGAUUCUUGAGGAAUACAGCUCUAGAAGUUUAAUGAAAGCCUAAGGCUUUUCCCUUUUGUGAAUUUUAUUUUUUGUCUCUUCUUUUUGUUGGUCAGAGGCAGGAAGAGACAAAAAAUAAAAUUUCCCUACUAUGUUUUGUUCAAUGAAUUUAAGUGGAAAAAAGCAGAAUAUUGUUCCUACUUAGAAUAAUUCAUUGUAUCCUUUAUAUUGUUCCUUUACAGUGUUUGGUGUGAAUUUGAACCUGCCAUUGCAC